UUGUUGAGUUCAGCGCUAUUUAAAGGGGAAGCAGCAUGGCACACGCUUUAGUCAAACAGGAAUCUGUCGAGUGGGAGAUGCAGAAGUCAGCAGACCAAACCAAGACCUUUGUUUACACCAAGAAGAGGGGGUAUGAAGUUACACGCAACCCCCACCUGAAUAAGGGGAUGGCCUUCUCCCUGGAAGAGCGCUUGGAGCUGGGCAUUCAUGGCCUGUUGCCUCCCUGCUUCCUCAGCCAGGAUGUGCAAGUAUUGCGGGUCCUCAGGAACUACGAGCUGAAAAAGGAUGACUUGGACAGAUACAUAUUUCUGAUGGGCCUUCAGGACCGCAACGAGAAGCUGUUUUACCGGGUCUUGAUCUCAGACGUAGAGAGAUUCAUGCCCAUUGUGUACACGCCUACUGUCGGUCUAGCGUGCCAGCAAUACGGCCUUACCUUCAGGAGACCUAGGGGCCUAUUUAUUACAAUUCAUGACCGCUCCCACAUCCCCACACUACUUCAGAGCUGGCCAGAGAAGGACAUUCGUGCUGUAGUAGUGACAGAUGGAGAGAGGAUACUGGGCCUGGGGGAUCUGGGCUGCUAUGGCAUGGGCAUCCCAGUGGGUAAACUGGCCCUCUACACUGCCUGUGGUGGAAUGCCUCCUCAGCAGUGCCUGCCUGUAAUGCUGGACGUGGGGACAGACAAUGAGGAACUCCUUAAGGACCCUCUGUACAUUGGUCUGAGGCAUAAAAGAAUACGUGGACAGGCCUAUGAUGAGCUGCUGGAUGAGUUUAUGAAGGCCAUCACAGACAGAUAUGGGGUGAACUGCCUUAUCCAGUUUGAGGAUUUUGCCAACACCAACGCCUUCCGUCUAUUGAGUAAAUACCGCAACAAGUACCUCACGUUCAAUGACGACAUCCAAGGUACUGCUGCUGUGGCUGUGGCGGGACUGCUGGCUGCCCUUCGCAUUACCAAGAGCAAAAUGUGCAACCAUACCAUUGUGUUUCAAGGUGCUGGGGAGGCCGCAAUGGGCAUAGCUGAGCUGAUCAUUAUGGCGAUGGAGAAGGAGGGGCUUCCUCAUGAGCAGUGUAUAAAGAAAAUCUGGAUGGUGGACUCUAAAGGACUUAUCGUUAAGGGAAGGGAUCACCUCACCCACGAGAAAGAGAGGUUUGCACAUGAGCAUGCACAAAUGAAGAAGCUUGAGGAUGUUGUGAAGGAGCUGAAACCCACUGCUUUAAUUGGGGUGGCAGCUAUCGCUGGUGCUUUCACUGAGAAGAUAAUCAAGGCUAUGGCAUCCUUCAAUAAGAGACCUAUCAUCUUCGCUCUAAGCAACCCUACCAGCAAGGCGGAGUGCACUGCUGAGCAGUGCUACACACUCACUGAGGGAAGGGGAAUAUUUGCAAGCGGGAGUCCCUUUGAUCCGGUAACCCUUCCCGAUGGCCGGAAGUUUUACCCCGGUCAGGGCAACAACUCUUAUGUGUUCCCUGGAGUGGGGCUGGGGGUCACCGCUUGUGCGAUGAGACACAUCCCUGAGGAUAUUUUCCUCGUUACAGCUGAGACCAUAGCAGAACUGGUGACUGAGAAGGAUCUUGCAGAGGGGCGUCUGUAUCCUCCUCUCAAAAGCAUCCAGGAUGUUUCCAUCAAGCUGGCUGUGAAGAUUGCGGAGUACGCCUAUAAACACAAUAUGGCAACACUGCACCCGGAGCCGCAAGAUAAAGAGGCUUUUGUUCGUUCGCUCAUCUACAGCACAGACUACGACGAGUUCACGGUGGACUCAUACAGUUGGCCUGAGAAUGCCAUGAACGUCCAAACGUGCAAACUGUGACCUCCUAAAAUACACAGACCAGAAUGAGAUUAAUGACAUUUCUGUUUUAAAUGUGAUUUAUUAUAAUGAUUAUAAUGAUUAUCUGCAAACAGUACUGUAAACUAAAAAUAUCCUUAAUAAAAUAUCCUCAAUAGAUGUAUAAAUUUAUUGUAAUUUUGUAAGAGAGUAUGUUAUGUUACAUUGUAUGGGAUUUCCUUUGUCUAUAAGUAAUAUGGUACAGCAUGUACUUCAUGAUGCAUGAAGGAACAUACAGCACUGCAUGAUCAUUAUAUGAACAGUUCAUGUUGGGCUAUAAAAAGAGCUGUGCCUUUUAAAGCCACUAAUUAUCAAGCUCCUUUCACGUUUGAAAUACUCGUCUAAUGAGUUGUUCUCUUCAAGAAAAGUGAUAUUCUGGCACCAGAUAUAUAAAGAACAUUUUAAAGAUUAUAAAGAGAUUUUUUUGUCAUGCACAUUAUUUUAACACCGUAAUCAAUUACUCUAGAUAGUUCCAUUGGAAAUUACUAUCAACUGAAGCUGUUGGCUUGUCUUAAAAACAGGACUUAAUGAGCCGUCGUGGCUGCCAGUGGAGUGCUUUAUACAGGCUUCUGUUAUGCCAUUUUUCUUAGAAUGUUUUAUUGCUGAUGAGAAACAAAAUUGUCUGAAUUAAUAUUUUUUUAAAAUGUUUACAUUUAAACUUGAAGACAAAAUUAUCUAUUUGGAUAAAAGCAAAGCCCCUUUUAAACUAGGCUGAAUUUAAAGGUACACUAUGUAACUUUUCUUCCCCAAAAUUAACAAAAUUUAAAUAAUGAGUCAAUAAAUAAUUAAUCCUUCUUCCAAAA